AUGCCACGGGAUGUGCCAACCCCACGGGAUGGAACCUCGUGGGACGGUAAGCUUCCGGACGGUCUGAGUUCUCCGGUCACCUGCCAGCGACAAGGUCACAAGGCAGCGCUGCAAAUCCGUAGGCUGCUAAUCCAAGAUAUCCAGUUUCAGGAACACUUUGGAUAUAUAGGACCCACCUUGGAUUCAGAGGAGGGCCAGACCGUACAGGUGAGUGCUACCACUCAGACUCAUGUUGCGGUGCACGAUACGUCUAACGGUCAUCACCCUAACGGCCAUCAUCCGACCGGUCAUCAUCCGACAGGAAGGAAUCUAAUUACUCAGCUUUGUCGGCUCGGGAGACAGACGAGCAAACAGCUCCUAAAGAAGACGGUGACAGGCGUUCUUCCUGUGCCGGGCGUUGUUCCUGUGCCGGGCGUUGUUCCUGUGCCAGGCGUUGUUCCUGUGCCAGGCGUUGUUCCUGUGCCAGGUGACCGAACGCUAGACGACGACCCGGCGCUGGUGGCUGGUGUGCCCUUCAUUUCAGGCGGCCCUGGUCUGGAGCGAGCUCUGGAAGACAUGCACGAGUGCACGAAACUGAAACCUGAACAAGACCCCGGAGGUGUUCUUCAGGAGAACCUCGGGAGGCCGGCUGGAAGCGCCGCUGAAUCUCAGGCGCCCGAACAGCAGGAGGACGUUGCUGCUCGGAAUCGGGAUCCGACUACUCGCCCAGUCAAGCACAGUGGAGAAGCUGGCAACUACCAAGAAGAGGCUUGCCGGAAAGAGAGGCUGGAGAAAGACAUUCAGAAGGAGAUGGAGGCUGAAGAGGAGUCGGAAGAAAAGGUGGAUGCCCGGGAGACGGCGGAGGCUCAGCAGGAAACGGCGGAGGCUCAGCAGGAAACGGACGCAUUGAGGUAUAAUAGCGCUUUGGCGUUUUGGUUCUUCGAUACCCCUACGCGGACCGUCUGGAUUUUGGACCCUCGGCAGGCCUUGAGAUGGAAAGAUUUUUGUUGUCAAAGGAAGCCUUUGACCAUAUGUAUUCCGUUGAUCUCUGCGGAUAUCGUCACUCUUGAUGACGUCGAGGUUAUUGAUAUCGAGCCAACAACCCCGCUGCGAGAUUAA